AUGCAAAAUCAGGUCCAGGGCGGGCCGCCAGAUAGAACACACGACCACAUCCAAACUGACUCCCCCAACGGGACAGCCAAACGCCCGAUCCGGAUUUCUGGAGCGUCUGGGGGAGUCUUUGACCAUGUCAGGGCAAUUGCAGACCUGGCUAAAAACCCUGUUGUCGAUGUCAUUAUCGGCGACUGGAUGUCUGAGAUGAACAUGACGUUCCGAGGAUCUGAGAAAAUGAAUCGACCGGCAGGGCUGUCUUCUGCUGGUGGUGAAUCAUACGAAGUAACUUUCAUCGAGGCAUUAGAGCCUGCCAUCUGUGACCUCGCAAAGAAUCACAAAAGGCUUGCGGUCAACGCCGGAGCGAGUGACGUCGAAGCAAUGGCAAGGAGAGUACAGCAAAUCUGCAAUGACAAAGGUACUAAGCUAAAGGUCUCCUGGGUGACGGGUGACGAGGUUACCAACAAGGUCACCCGCCUGCUUGCAGAGGGCGAAAAAUUCCUGUCGCUCCCGACCGAUCAGCCGUUGGCAGAAUGGGGACUGGAGCCCGUCUACGCUCAAUGUUAUCUGGGAGGGAGCGGCAUAGCGGUCGCUUUUGCGAACGGCGCCGACAUUGUCAUCUGUGGACGUGUCUCAGACGCUUCGCCGGCACUCGGUGCCGCCAUGUGGUGGCACAGUUGGGGACGCGAAGACUUUUCCCAACUUGCUCACUCCUUGAUUGCCGGCCAUCUCAUUGAAUGUAGUACAAAGAACUUCUCGCAACAAACAACUACACCAACUUUUGGCUUUCCCAUUGCCGAGAUUGAAGCCAACGGCGAGUUUGUCAUUACUAAAGAAGCCAACACUGGAGGGAUUGUCACGGUCAACAGUGUCUUAUCACAACUUCUCUAUGAAAUACAAGGCCCAUAUUACUACAAUUCCGACGUGACUGCGGAGCUGACCAAUAUCAAAAUGAUUCAAGAAGGACCUGAGCGCGUCCGCGUCAUCGAUGUCUUGGGGCAUCCACCACCACCGACGACCAAAGUUGGCAUCACGGCCCGAGGCGGAUGGCAAGCCGAAUUUCACUUCUUUCUCACGGGGCUCGAUAUUGAAGAAAAGCGCAAGAUGGUUGAACUUCAAACAAUUGCGUCUGUGGGGAAAUAUCGAAAAGAGUUUGACACACUCACCUUCACGGUGAGUGGUUCGUCGCCCGGCAAUCCCCGAAACCAAGAUGAGGCCACUGUCGAUCUCCGGAUCUUCGCUCAGAGUCGGAAUCCAGACAUCAUGUCAGCUGGGUCACAGAUUGGUGUGACCCCAGACACGCCCUGUUUCGCACGUUGGUGUGUCGAGAAUUGUCUGAUGGGGUACCCCGGAUCCACACCCGCCUUGGAUAUGCGCCAAGCUGUAGGGAAACCCUUCUUUGAAUACUGGGUCGCCUUACUCCCUCAGACUGAGGUCGAUCAUGCCGUCCACACUUUCGAUGGACGAACCAUUCAGGUGAGCCCGCCCUCCGUGACGAAAAUAUAUCCCCGUCGGCAGCCCUCCUAUGAGACAAGCUCGCCAGUGCCUUUGGACACGUGGGAAAAGACGACCCGAGCCCCUCAUGGCUACGUUGUCCACGGCAGAUCUGGCGACAAGAGCUCCGACUGUAACGUUGGAUUCUUUGCCCGCGACGACGAGGAAUGGGAUUGGUUGAGGUCGACGCUCACCAUCCCUAAGAUCAAGGAACUUUUGGACGGAGAAGACAAAGGGGGAAGGAUUGAUCGUUUCGAGAUGCCCCAUCUUCGUGCAGUCCAUUUCCUACUUAAGGAUCAUUUGGAUCGCGGCGUCAACUCGACCGCCAGCUACGAUUCCUUGGGCAAGAAUAUGUGCGAAUACCUACGGGCAAAGUGGGUCGAUAUCCCCGACCACUUCCUGGAGAAAGGGAAGAUCUGA